CUGACGGGAUGCGAGAAGUCCUCGAGUCAUCCAGAGCAUCUCGUCAAAACAGCUUCGAGCUGUCGACACAGUCCCCUCUAAUCACCGUCAAGAGCGGGAUCUCCUCGCUAUCUCACUAAGGAAGCCCACUCAUCGCUGAAUCAUUUCACUUGAAAGAUCAGACCGGAAAGCAAUAUCGACUGGAUCGCAUAACUGCAUUCUAGGGACUUCGCUGUGCUUGUUUCAACUGGCACACAAACUGAACAACAUCCCAUUGCUGAAAUAGAAACUUUUUACAUUUCACAGUUCUCCCUCUGCACAAAUGUGUGAUAGGGCGAUAUCUGAAAUUUGCAGGGGAAAAAUAGUUAAUUAGGACUAUCUUUGCGCGAUGGAUGUACAAAAAUGGGAAAACACAUCGUCUGCGUUUCUGGAUUGUGUGAAAGCGCAAAGCAACUCAUCAUUAAUGAACAGCACUGCAAAUACGACCAUGGAAGUUAUCAACAUCACCACCUGUGGAAACGCAUCCAUAAUUCCGAAACUCCAACCGGCACGACAAAAGGAGAUGGACUCAGUGAGGAUCCUGCUCUACUCCCUCAUCUUCCUGCUCAGCGUCUUUGGGAACCUGCUGAUCAUCGUGGUGCUGACGGUGAACAAGCGCAUGCGCACCGUCACCAACUCCUUCCUUCUGUCGCUGGCUGUCAGCGACCUGAUGAUGGCCAUCUUCUGCAUGCCCUUCACCCUCAUCCCCAACCUGCUGGGUGACUUCAUCUUUGGGGCCGCCAUGUGCAAGAUCGUGGCCUACUUCAUGGGAAUCUCAGUAAGCAUAUCAACGUUCAGCCUGGUCGCCAUAGCGAUCGAGAGGUACAGCGCCAUCUGCAACCCCCUCAAGUCCCGGGCGUGGCAGACCCGCUCCCAUGCCUACCGAGUGAUCACGGCCAUCUGGAUCAUGUCGCUCCUGCUUAUGACCCCCUACCCCAUCUUCAGCGUCCUGGUGGCCUUCAACAAGCCCAACCGCGCCACGAGGCACAUGUGUCGCCUGGACUGGCCGGUGAGCUGGGUGGAGCAGUCAUGGUACAUCUUGCUGCUCUCUGUCCUGUUCUUCAUCCCUGGGGUUGUGAUGAUCAUUGCCUAUGGCCUCAUCUCCAGAGAACUCUACCGAGGAAUACAGUUUGAGCUUGACCAGAAGAAAGAAGCUAGUGGUCUGAAGAACGGCAUGACCACCACCCAGCCAUCCACUACUGACGACGGCGACGGCUGCUAUGUCCAGGUGCCGCGGAGGCCUGACGCUGUGGAGAUGUCGACGCUGACGCCAUCGGGCGCCGCCCGGGCUGACCGCCCACGCAGCAACACCUCGGAGGCCAAGCUGAUGGCCAAGAAGCGCGUGAUCCGCAUGCUGAUCGUCAUCGUGGCCAUGUUCUUCGUCUGCUGGAUGCCGCUCUACUCCGUCAACACUUGGAAGGCCUUCGACCUGCAGUCGGCCCAGCGCGCCCUCUCGGGGGCGCCCAUCUCCUUCAUCCACCUGCUGUGCUACACCUCGGCCUGUGUCAACCCCGUCAUCUACUGCUUCAUGAACAAGCGCUUCCGCAAGGCCCUGCUGGCCACCUUCGCCGGAUGUCUGCGGCCCUGCCGGCGCCGGCGCCGCGAGCCCGCCGACGAGGUCACCACCGCCACCACGGGGGCCUCACUCUCCAAGUUCAGCUACACCACCGUCAGCACCAUGGGGACCUCCUGACUUAAACACCCCACUCUCCACGCACGGCGAAAAUGGUGGGAGAGGUCGGGUGGUAGCGGCGACGCUAAUUUGUUCUUUUUCUUUGUUCUUCUCGAUAUUGCUCAUUCCGGUCCACUGUGUGCACUGUACUGCGAGUCCCUGUGUGUGGCUUUGUUGCUUUGUGCUUAUGUAUCGGUCAGUGGAUUCUGAGUUUACACAUAGUUACUGCCUGUGGCGGUUUGUGUCUUUUUGGGGCCUUGUUUAGUUUGCUCAUCUUUUGCCACAAGUCCACCCUGCCAAGCUCUAAAGUCCUGUGAUAAAGCUGUGGAAAGACUGGCAGGUUGUA